UUUCUCGCGUACGUAAAACUCUGCUGUGACGAAAAGAGUGAACUGCCGUGGUUUUACUUUUGUUUGUUGAAAAGAAUCUAAAAUGUUAACUUCUUAAAAACCCACAAAAAUAGAUCUACCACAAAACUAUCAAUCAAUUUCCAUAACCGUAAUAAAAGUUACACUAUCCAAAGUUCGUGAAAAAUCGACUCAAAAAUUGGCACUAAAAAUACGAAAAUCAAUUUUCGCUCUGUCACGGACAACUUCAUCGUCGUCGUCGUGGUCUUCGUAGUCGUCGUGGUCGUCGUCGUUGUAGUCUCGUCCUCCAAAAAUUCAAUUUAAACCAAACCAACUUGUGUUCCGCUCUCUCUCUUUUUUUUUAUUUUUGCGGAAAUUCUUCACAUUUACCUCACCAUCGCCAUCAGCUUAAGCUUCAGCAGUCGCCAAAUCAUCGACAAUCUUCUGUAGUUGUCGGGGAAUUAAUAAACAAUAAAAGAAGUUCGUAUAGAAAAAUUAAAUCCAAUUGGCGGUGGGUGCUCAAUUCAGAUUGGAAUUGGGAUUCUGAUUCUGUCUACCAAAACACGGAGUGAGUGUGUAAUGAAUUUUUAAGGGUUUCUACAUAAUUGUACGCACGCUACAUAAUUAAAUUGAAAUAGUUAAAUAAUAAUAAAAUGUCGUCAUUUUCAAAUGCAAAUUAUCCACCACCGCCAAUACAGCCACAGUUGCAGCCGCAACCACAGACACAGCAGCUAUCUUCUGGAAGUGGCAAUAUGGCGGUGAAUGGAAUGACUCAACAAACUGUGCAGUCAGUUGGACAGCAACAACAACAACAACACCAACCUGCAAAAACCAUGCAAAGUAACUUCCCUCCAACGUCCAAGGCAAUGCCAAGCAUGAAUCAAUUUAUGCCACCAACAUCGCAGUACAUGCAACAACCGCUAUCAGCACCAGCCGCAGCAGCUCCAGUAUCGCUUUCAUCACCUCAACCUCCAACAUCGACGGCUUAUGGAAAUGGACCACUGGUGCAUGGUAUGCAAGGAAACCUUCCUGCGCAUCUAAGACCUCCUCCUAGUGGGGUACCAUUAACAAACGGUGGUGGUGCUGGUGGUGGCAGUAGUAGUGUCAACUCAUCGCGAACAGCAUCGCCAGCUCUCAAUAGUUCACCCAAUCACUUUGUACAACAACAACAGCAACAACAAAGGAUGCCACCACCACCAGUAUCUCAGCUGAAUCCAAUGGCUCCCGGCAAUAAUCUCACCAAUAGUAUGCAACAUCUCUCGAUGGGUAAACCUAGCAACGUUCCACAAAUGCAGCCUCCAACGACAACAACCGUCAGUAGUCCGUCGCAUUUUCCUCAGAAUUUUCAAGGAAACUUCAAGACAUCGGCGUUGAAUACAAAUGCUGGAAGUGGCGUUUUUCCACAACCUCCCAGCCAGUUUGUGCGCGGUUCUCAACAACAACCUAACGUUUAUGGCACACCGACUUCUCCCUUGAUUCGAACUCCAAUGCCAUCACAACCGUCGCCCUAUCCAACGCCUCCUGCACCCCAAUUUAUUUCAUCACCUCAAAACGCCAAUUAUCCUCCAACAAGUUCCGCUCCUUAUCCAAAUGCAUUCAACCAGAAUCAACUGAACAACAACAUGGCUCCACCACAGAUGGCAGAAACUCAGCAGCAGCAGCAGCAACAACAACAGACAGCGCCAAUGACAGCAAGGCGACCGAUGUAUCCGCAACAGCAGAAGAUUCCACCACUGCUAAGCAACCCACAACAGCAGCAGCAACCUCAAGCUUAUCCACAACAAGUCUACCAACAACAGCCAAUGGCACAACAAUCAACGAAUGGACCCGCACAACCUGGUCAGCAGGGUGCAUAUACAAGUGUCGUCAAACAGGGAUUCAAUAGCCUUUGGGGUCAGGAUACUGUAGACCUUAUGCAGAAUCGUCAUGUGUUGUCGCCAGCAACAUUGCCAUUACCAAAAAUAACUCUGCACAAUCAAUUUCACGAGUCCAUUAAUUGCCAUCCCAACAUAAUGCGAUGUACCGUUACUAAAAUACCAGAAAGUAAUUCAUUACUUCAAAAGUCAAGACUGCCACUUGGUAUACUUAUUCAUCCAUUUCGUGAUGUUAAUAGCUUACCUGUUAUCCAGUGUCCAAAUAUUGUGAGAUGUCGCUUAUGCAGAACCUACAUAAAUCCGUUUGUCUACUUUGUAGAUAGCAAAAUGUGGAAGUGUAAUUUAUGUUACAGAGUCAACGAAUUGCCAGACGAUUUCCAAUUUGAUCCGGCUACAAAAACAUACGGAGAUGUUACACGAAGGCCUGAAGUUCGUGCAAGCACUAUUGAAUUUAUAGCACCAUCCGAAUAUAUGUUGAGGCCACCACAGCCAGCGAUUUAUUUGUUCCUGUUCGAUGUCUCGAUAAUUGCCCAACAAAGUGGAUAUCUUGAAAAUGUGUGUAAUGUUCUAUCGAAACAUUUAACCGAUAUGCCCGGUGAUGCACGUGCCCAAGUUGGUUUCAUUGCGUAUAAUAGUGAGGUGCAUUUCUAUAGCAUGGCAGAAGGUUAUAAUCAACCUCAUGAAAUGACACUAAUCGAUAUCGAUGAUCCUUUCCUUCCACGACCCGAUAAUUUGUUGGUUAAUUUGAAGGAAUGCAAAGACCUUAUUAAAGACUUGCUAGUACAGUUGCCUGAAAGAUUUGCUGGAACCCAUGAUCCUGGUUCUUGUCUGGGAGCAGCUUUGCAAGUUGCCUAUAAAUUAAUGCAAGCUUCUGGUGGACGCAUAACAGUGUUUCAAACGUGCCUUCCCAACAAAGGUCCAGGUGCUUUAGAGGCUCGUGAAGAUCCAAACAAUCGUUCAGCCAAGGAUGUUGCCCACUUAAACCCGGCUACUGAUUUUUACAAACGAUUUGCUCUCGAAUGUUCAGGUUACCAAAUAGCUGUGGAUUUAUUUUUACUCAAUCAGCAAUAUAGUGAUUUGGCAACGAUGUCUGGAAUUAGUAAACACAGCGGUGGAGCAGUUCAUCAUUUUCCACUCUACCAAAAAACCAAGCCUCAGCAUGUUGAUUCGUUCAAACAAUGCUUCAAGCGGUAUUUAGUAAGAAAGAUUGGUUUUGAAGCUGUGAUGAGGAUACGCUGUACGCGUGGUCUGCAAGUUCAUACAUUCCAUGGAAAUUUCUUUGUUCGAUCGACAGAUCUUCUUUCAUUGCCAAAUGUUAACCCCGAUGCUGGCUAUGGUAUGCAAAUUUCGUAUGAAGAAUCGCUUACAGAUGUUAAAACGAUAUGCUUCCAAGCUGCUCUACUAUAUACCAAUAGCGAGGGCGAACGUCGCAUUCGUGUACACACACUUUGCCUUCCAGUCACAGCCAGUUUGACGGAGGUAAUGCAUUCGGCAGAUCAAGAAGCGAUCAUUGGACUCCUAUCGAAAAUGGCUGUGGAUCGGUCGAUUUCGUCAAACGUUGCCGAUGCCCGUGAGGCCUUUAUAAAUGUAACUGUCGAUAUCUUAAGUGCAUUCAAAUUGGCACAGAAUCUUCCCUCUGGCCAGGGCGGAUUGAUUGCUCCACGAAAUCUGGCACUAUUACCUUUGUACAUUUUAGCUUUACUAAAACACCCCGCAUUUCGUGUUGGCACUAGUACACGACUUGAUGAUCGUGUCUUUGCAAUGGAUGAAUGCAAGACACUACCAUUGGAUCAGCUAAUGAAGUACAUCUACCCUGAGUUCUAUCACAUUGACAGCUUGUUCUAUAAUUUGCAAAAUUCAAACGACACCGAUGACGACGACGAUAAUAUUGCCGAUCUGCCAAGAUUACAAUUAUCAGCUGAAUUUCUGGAUUCGCGUUCAAUUUUCUUGUUAGAUUGUGGAAGACUGAUAAUUAUUUAUGUUGGGCUUAAUGUUCCAGCAAAUAUUCUUGAAAAUGUUUUUGGUAUUAAAUCAACAGCAGAAUUACCGGAUUAUUGUUAUGGUUUACCUACAAUAAAUAGUCCUGAAAGUACUGCACUUAAACGAUUUAUGCUUAAAUUAAAUGACGAUAAGCCCUAUCCACCACUUAUACAAAUCAUAAGGGAUACAAGUACGGCGAAAUCAACAUUUAUUGAAAAGCUCGUAGAUGAUCGAAGUGAAUCUAGUUUAUCAUAUUAUGAAUUUUUGCAACAUAUACGGACUCAGGUGAAGUAGUACUUUAUAAGCUUAACUAAAUAAAUAACUAGUGUAAUAAAUAUCGAGUAAAUAACAAAACAAAUAAAAACUAUGUAAACAAAAAAUAAACAAUAGAAGAAGAGAUAAAUAAAAAUAAACAAUAAAACAAAAAGAAAUUUAAAAAUAAAGAAACAUUUAUGUAUUUACGAAGCAAAGCGAAAAAAAUUAGUUAGAUAUUUAAGAAUAAAUAAAAAAGAAUUAUUAAAGAAAGUGAUGAUAACUAAAAAAAAGAAUAAUAUUUCAGAAAACAACCAAACCGCUCCCAUGUGUGAAAACUAUUUAUUUGAAAUCCGCAUUUCGAACUUAUAACAAACUACUAUUAUUAUUAUUAUUUAAUUUAAUAGUAGAUAAAAAUGUCAGUGGGUAUAUGUUAUUUAGACUUUCUCCUCCAAUAUGCUCUGUCUAAACCUUAAUUUACUUUCGCUUUCUUCGGUGUUUGAAUGCUGAAAUAAAAAUCCUAUACACAGUCAUGGAAGUUUUAAAAAAUAAAAAUAAAAGUAUAAGCUUAAAAGAAUGUGGAACUAAGCAAGAGUGUAAACAAUAAAGUUAAAAGUAUUUUUGUGUUUUUAAAACAAUUUUAAAUUUGUUAAUAAAAUAAUAAUUUAUUCCUCUUAGGGAGUUUGAAGAAAAAACAAUUAAGAAACUGCAAACAGUCAAGAUUAUUCAAAAUUUGCAUAGUAAUUUUUGUUUUAAAACAAUUAUUAUUAUAUAUUUAAGGAUUUUGUUUAUUUUGUAAAUAAUAAUAAUUUAAAAGGUCCGCUGUGUUUUUUUUAAAUAAUUUAUUUUAAAAUUCUUAUGUUUGUGUUUUGUUUUGUUUUUUUUUUUUUUUAAUUUUCUUUUUAAUAAUUUCAAAUAAAAAAUAUAUCUUUGGCCUAAGUAAGUUAAUGUUACGAACAAUUUAAAAAAUGAAAUAUGUGAACAUAUUUGAAUAAUUUUAGUUUAAAACUAAACUAUUGAUUUGUAAUUAUUAUUAUAUCAGGUUUAUUUAAGAAAAAACAAAAAUGAAGAAAUAAAUAGAGUAAUUAUAAUUAUAUUGAUUGUAUCUUGUCUAUUGUAAAACAGAAGUUUAUCAUUUUAAACAAUAAAAGAAAAUAUUACUCACUGAUGUAAAAUACAAAAUUGUGCUUUGUUUAAAUUGUUUUAAAACAAAUUUAUUGUAAAAGACCGAUAGUGAUCACUGAUCAUACAUACACGGCCUCCAUUAUGACUUGAGGAUCGCCAGUAAAAUUAUUUGGCGAACCAGCUUACUGAAUAAAAUCUAAAAUACUGUA